AUGUCUCGAUCUGGUACCACCCUUUAUGUCACGGGCUUUGGUCAUGGCACCCGUGCCCGUGACCUUGCCUAUGAAUUUGAGCACUAUGGUCGUCUGGUCAGAUGCGACAUUCCUGCACCCAGGACUGCCUCAAGCCGUCUCUUCGCUUUCGUCGAAUACGAGAGCCGUCGCGAUGCUGACGAUGCCUACCACGAGAUGCAUAACAAGCGGAUCGGUCGUGAUGAUGUCUUGAAGAUUGAGUGGGCUCGUACUCCCCCUUCUGCGACAUGGCGAUACGAAGCUGGUCGUGGCCGUCGUGAUAGAACCCCGCCUCGCCGAUCAGCCCGUUCUCCCUCUCCUCGACGCCGCGAUUAUUCUCCCCGAAAGGACGAUCGCCGCGACCGUGACCGAGAUCGGGAAAGAGACCGGGACCGAGAUUACGAUGACCGACGACGCUCGCGCAGCCCGGCAGACCGCGAACGUGACCGAGACCGAGACCGAGAAAUGAAGGACGAUCGAGACCGCCGUGACGAUGACCGCGAUGGCGCUGCCAAUGGUGAUGACCGGAAAGCCCUGGACUCACCUCCCCCUGCUCACGAUGAGCUCGAUACUGCGGAAUGA